GGUGCCGAUCUUCUUGCUGUAAAUGCUGACGGGAAUAUGCCCUACGAUAUUUGCGAAGAUGACGCCACCCUCGAUCUCAUCGAAAGCGAGAUGGCAAGCAGAGGUAUAACCCAAGAGGACAUCGACGAAAAACGUCGCGUUCCCGAGCGCGAAAUGCUCGCAGCGAUGGAGCACUUGGUUAAAACCUCCGGUGAUUUAAAUCAACUUGACAGUCAGGGCGCAGCUCCUUUGCACAUCGCUGCGGCGUGUGGCUACUUGGACGUAGUUGGCUUUCUCCUUCAACACGGAGCGAACAUCGAUUUGCCUGACCGAGACGGGUGGAUGGCCAUUCAUGUGGCCGCUUGCUGGGGGCAGUACGAAGUGAUAGAGAUGCUGACUAACUUCGGCGCCAAAUUGGACACACCAACGGUGAAUGGUGGAGAAACGGUAUUUGACAUCUGCGAGGAUGAGAAGCUGCAUGAGCGUCUGAUACUCCUCAGAGAGGAACUGAAACGAUGGCAGUCCUUCCACUUAGUCCAGAACCAAACCAGUGCAUCCAAUGGCAACAGUGAUCUCAACAAUAGGAACCGUGGUGGGCUCAGUCGACGCCGAAGCAGCAACCCACGAAGGCAAGUUCAAAUCAAUGCAUGA